CACCAAUACACACAGUUUUGUGUGUGCCCUUGCUAAUUUUUAAUCAAACAUUCUGCUUUAAUUUCAAUUUUCAAUCGCUGACUGUUUAAUUAUUAUACAAAUUUUUUCUGGUUAGAAUUUCUUCUAGUUCAAAUUACUUUCAAGCAUUAUACACAAUUAUCAUUAAUUGGUGUUAAUAAUUUUUUUUUUAAUUAAAAUAUUUAUUCAUAAAUGGCUACUCGUACACAAGAUUUUGGAAUUGAUGUGGCAAUUUCUAGAAAGUUGAACAGUCGAUACGAUCCAGAUGCAGAACGUCAAGUAAUGGGAUGGAUACAACAAUUAACUGGACAAAGCAUUCCACUUGGACGUGAGAAUGUUCAACGAACAUUGAAAAAUGGUCGAAUACUUGUUGAACUUAUCAAUGCUGUAUAUGAACGUACACCGAAUUUGCCGCCGAAAGCUCAAACAAUCCGUAGACCAGUGAAUCCGAAUACAGGGAAUGCACCAUUUAAACAAAUGGAGAAUAUUCAAAGAUUUCUUGAUUUAUCUGAAGCUUAUGGUGUACCACGUGAAUGCUUAUUUCAAACGGUUGAUUUAUACGAAGCAAGAAAUAUGGCACAAGUAUUGGCUACUCUGUUGCAAUUAGGAACUGAAUGUCAACGUAAUGGAUUUCAAGGUCCAGUAUGUGGACCAAAACCAACUUAUUCACAACCACGUCAAUGGACAGAAGAAAAAUUACGUGCUGGUGAAGGUAUCAUUGGACUACAAGCUGGAACAAAUAAAUUAGCUUCACAAAAAGGAAUGUCAUUUGGUGCACAACGUCAUAUAGCCGAUAUACGAUGUGAUGAUAUGACACCAGAAGGUGCUGCUGUCAUUAGUCUACAAAUGGGUACAAAUAAAUUCGCUUCACAAAAAGGUAUGAGUUUUAGUAAUCAACGUCAUAUUGCUGAUAUAAAAUGUGAUGAUUUAUCACAAGAAGGCAAAUCUGUCAUCAAUUUACAAAUGGGCACCAAUCAAUUCGCUUCACAAAAAGGUAUGCGUAUUGGUAGUACUCGACAUAUCACUGAUAUUCGAUGUGAUGAUAUCUCGAAAGAAGGUCAAAAUGUUAUCAGUCUACAAUAUGGUACCAAUAAAUUAGCUAGUCAAAAAGGUAUGCGUAUGGGUGGUCAACGUCAUAUAGCUGAUAUACGUUGUGAUAAUUUAUCCGCUGACGGUGCAUCUGUAAUUGGUUUACAAAUGGGUUUACCACAAAAUCAAGUUGCUUCACAAGCUGGUAUGUCAUUCGGUGCACAUAGACAUAUCAAUGAUUCACAUUAAAGUGCACAAAGCGAGCGAGAGAGAGAGAAUGAAUGAACUCUACUCUACUCUACUCUACCCUACUCUACUUACACUUCUUGAUUUAUGCGAUUUCUUCUCUGAAAUCCACCAAUCACCAACCAACACAUGCAACAUACCCACCUACUACUGUUGUUCUAAAGAAAACUGCACAUAAUUAUUUAUUUUUACAAAGCUACUAAAAGAAAAACUAUUAAAUUUCUUCGUUCUGUUUCAUUUAUUCAAACAAUCAUCAUUAUCAGUUGUUUGUGUGUGUGUGGUUGAUUGAACAUUGAACAAAAUUUCUCUACUUCCUGUUUCUUAUUCAAUUUUCAAGCAUUCUUUUUGUUUGUUUAUUUGUUUUUAUCUACCUUACACUUUCUAUCACGCGCACGAUAUUCACUUCACACACACAUUGAUUGAACAAACGAACAGCCUUCACAGGGAUACAUUCUUUGUUUAAUUAUUUAUUUAUCUGCCUAUUUAUUCACAGAUUUCAUGUUCAACAUUCAAUUAUUAUUAUUAUUAUUACUUAUCGAGAACAAUAAAAAAAUGGACACAGUUAAUUAAUAUUAUUAAACAAGAUUAUUUUGCUUAGCUUCUUUAGUAUUUAAAUUAAUAAUCAAUAAUUCAGAGGCAGUUGUUGUGUCAUAAAGCUUAAAGAACACUGCACAAAGGCACGUAUAUUUAUAUAUAAAUAUAUUCGCGGGUUAAUUGAAUAAUCUUGCAAAACUGAAUGGUGAUACAUACAUACAUGAUUGAUGCGAACAACUUUUGUUGAUCGGUAUUUAAUCAUUUCAAUAUUAUUAUUAUUAUUAUCAUUAUUGUUCUUUUAAAGCAUGCACAAUCAAAAAAAAUAAAUGCUUUUCAAAAUGUGCAA